AUGUCCCUUCAUUUCCUCCUCCUCCUCCUCCUUCUCCUCCUUCUCCUCCUCCUCCCCCUCAUCUGUCUCCUAUUGCUUGCCAUUCCUUCCGCUUUUCUCAUUCCUUUACUUGUCUUUUUUAAUAUCAAGUUAAAUUGUUGUGUCCGAUUUUUUUUUUCCCCGAUGAAUCAUUUCUUCCAUAUGAAUUGCUCAUACAUUAUUUAUUCAUCCUCUCAGAAUUCCCGUAUCUCUGCGGUAGAUCUUGAGACGGAUGUGCAUGAAAUCAUGUUGUAUAAUGUUGAAUUCCAUGAGAUCAGGCAAAUGAAUCAUCCACUGAUUGAGACCACAAUUGAUCAUCAAUUUAUCAUCGGAAGUGAUGUGGAAGUGAAAAUGGAGAGAAGAUGA